CCUGGGAGAGAGGAGAGAAGAGGGUGAGGGACGGGCCAGCUGGGGCCCCCGCUGCCCCUCCCCCAAGCCUGGCACAGCUGGAAGACUGCCCUCCCUGGCGCUGUGAAAGGUCAGGCGCCACCGAGCUGCUCUCUGCGUGGAGUCCUGCUGGAGUGCUCCAUCUGAGUGAAUUCUAUCCCAUGGCUCUGUUCCAAUCCACCAACUUUUCCCAGGGUAAAAAAGGGGUGAGCGCUGAAGACGGCUGGAAGGGUGAGUGAAGGGGACAGGACGGGAUUCCACCGCCAUCAGCUGCCCAGGAGGCAGCUGGCAGGCAGGACUCCGGUGAGGGCCCUCACUUUCCCCAGCUGCAGGGCUGGGACGGGACUCCUGCCUCACGCGGAGUGGGCCAGCCUGGGACACAGGAAAAGCCUAGGCCAGCCAGGAACCCGCCCUGGGUCAGCGCUGCACAGAAGGGCGCUGCCCUGGACUCGGCACCUGUGCGCACCUGUGGCCUGGUGUGGGUGCAGGCGGGGUGAGGCGGCACCCUGGGGACCCUGGCCUGAGUCGGAUGUCUCAGUGUAGAGCACAGAAGUGACACAAAGUUUUUACAUGUACAUAGCUGGAAUUUUUCUAGAGUUACAAAAACACUUUCAGGAUUCCCUGGCUAAGCUCCCAGGGAUAAACCUUGUCCAGAGUAUCAGAUUUUAAGAAGCCAUAAGCUCCUUAAAAUGUAUUUGUCCAGCCACGUCAUCCAACACUCCUGCCAGCCCUCAUCUGCCAUCUUACGUUCACUUGCUUAUAGAAGUAACUGCAUUUAGGUCGCGAUGAGACACUAUCUAUAUCACGGCCUAACACAUGUCUGUCCGCAGCUGUUUUGGGGCCGCACGACAGGGGGCACAGGCUGCAGCUCACAGCGCCUGGGGAGCUGGGCCUGGAAGAGGCACGCAGGGGUCUCUAACAUGACCUGGAAGGAGGACACACGUGUGGAAAGCAUCCCAGGAAGCAGUGACUGGAGCAGAGCACCCCCGCAGACAAGGGUGGGAAAGGCCCUGGGGACCCUUCCACGCCGUCCUUGGUCCUGGGUGCAAAUGCUGGGGCUGGCUCGAUGGGCCUGGAAGGCUGGCUGGCGGGUCUGUGGCCUGCGUGUGACAGCCAUGCCCUUGGGCCACUGAGCCCCAUAACAGGACACACACUGGUCCUCCCAGACUUGCUCCGUUGUGGGUCUGUUCUGGGGGGAGCCUGUUAGGGUGCCGGGGCAGGGGGGCGGGAAGGAGCCAGCGGCACUGUCCCCCGGGCAGCUGCACACUCGGCAGCACACGCACAUCCUCCUCCUGCAGACUGCGCUGGAAUUAUGCUGAAAAUAUAAAUUCCGCGCUUACCUUCCCGCUUCACUAUUUUUUUCCACCUUCCUGUUUCAAUUCAUUUAUUGACCACUAUUUCAAAUUUCACAUUUCAAGCUCUACUAUGGGGAUGGGCUGUGUUUUCCUAGCCUGUCCCUUGCAUCUGGGCAGCAGCUGUUUUCUCCUAGAAUGAGCAGAUUUUCCUCAAGGGCGGGCCCUGGUGGUGUCCCUCGGAUGCAGCUGCCCCGCUCCUGCCCCUUCCUCCUCCGCUCCCUUUCUGCCAGUGCAUCUCCCUUCCUGGUCCCCAGCAGGUCAGACAGCAGGGCCUUUGCUGGUGGUCAGAAACCCACCCAGGCCAGGAGCUCUGCCCUGGGCCGGCAGGGGCCUCUGCACAGCGUCCCCAUCAGCCUUGCUCGCUUGAAGCUUCUGCAGCAGCCAGGGGAGCCUCCGGCAGGGGACCCUCUGUCCCCAUCUCUUGUCCCCAGCCCAGGUGGCAGAGAGGGCUCUGGAUCACCUCCACCUCAUCUAGAGCCUCUCCUAGCAACAAACGGCCCAUCUCUUUCAAGACAAUCCAGUCCAGUGGCACUCUGUCCCCACCACCCAUGGAGACAACGAAACAGUGCUGGUCCGGGCCCUCCUCUCCUACCCCCUCCCGAGCCGCUCCUGUCCUCCUCACCCCCAGCACUUCAUCCUGACCACGGCUCUGUCCCUUCCCACUGCACUCAAGGCCCAAACUUUCACCCCCAUUUCUCCUACUCAAGGCUGCAAGGAAAAUAAAAUCAGAAGCAGCCUGGGCUGGGAAGGGAGGCUGCAAGCUCUCGUGGCUUCUCCAGAAGCUGGUGGCACUGCCCCAUGCUGGGUUGGUGGCCUCCACCCACUGCCACAUGGAAGGACCUGGGUGUCACAUGCUGGGCUGUGUACAGCAGGCGUGUAUGGCCCGCCUGGGCUGCUGGCCCCGGGCAGCCUGAGUCUCUCUCCUAAGGGAGUGGAAGUCAGCACACCCAAUGUCAGCACGGAGCACAGGGUGCACCUUUCCAGCACCACACUCCAGAUACCACCUGCCGCCUGCCUGUACUCUCCCGUGUGGGCUACGGGGUCCUGGGGAGCACAGCCACCGAAAUGGCCAUCCAACAGGGGAAAUGGGGUGCUCAGGCAGCUUCAGCCUGAACCCUCAGGCCUCAGGAUGCCAGAGUGCAGGCUCUGCAGGCUCUAGGGCUGCACAGGGACGCAGUUCACUUAGGAAGCCCAGGCACCAAUGGGAGGUGGAAGACCCACAGCCAGGACAAGGAAGGGCUGAGGGCACCGGAGCGGGGAGCUGCAGGAGCCUCUGGGGAGGCAGACCGAGGCCUCCUGUGUCAACACGGGGCUCCCGAGCCCAAGGUUGCAGGGAUCAGUGCAGCCCGGACCCAGGAAGGCUGAGGCCAGGAAGGCUGAGGGCAGGACAGCAUGAGGAGGGAGAGGGGGGCAGCCAGGGCUCCUGGGCCUUGGCCAGGGCAGGGACGGGACGGGGCAUGGGGAGCUGGGUGCAGGUGCAGAUGAAAGAAGAUGAGAGGAAAAGCAGCGGCUCACCAUCAGUGAGGAGUCAUCUUAAAGAAAAACAAAACACAACACAAGCUGACAGCAAACUCCAUGAACGUAGAGCAUCAGCAGCGAUGCUGGAGGGGCGGGGACCGCAGGCAGCAAGGUGGGGUGGGGGCAGCUCAGGCCCUGCACAGCCGUCACACCCGCCCUCACGCCAAGGACAUGCAGGGUCCCUGGGCCUUUGUUGCCCUCGGGUGUCUGGCACCCAGUUCCUGCCCUCAGGGUCCCUGAGGGGGGCACAGGCCCCUGUGCUGGGUGCCCACUUUCUGCAAGCAGCUGCAGAUUGGAUUCGGCCUCAGGGCUGGGCAGCUCCCAUCCCCCUCAGCCAGCAUUGAGGUGUGGAGGGAUGAGGUGAGGGGCCAGGGCCAGAGGAGAUGGGCUGCAGGCAGACAGGAAGAAAGUGGCCCCUCGGGCACAGGGACAAAGGACACACUCCCAGAUGGAGGCUAAUGGUGACCUUGGCACCAGGCUCCCUUGGGCUCUGCCACCCUCUGAACAGAGCAUGGCUUAGUCAUCUCAGCCCACGAUCAAGCCAUUGGCCUCGAGCCACUCGCCAUGCGCCGUGAGCCAGCUGCCAGGUGGCCCCUGGCCAGCUCUGGGCACUGCAGACGCUAGCCAGGUCCUUUAGAUCUAUAAGCGAGGCUCCAUCGAGGGCAUGUGGUGCAGAGCUGCUCCUGCCACCCCCCACCACAAGGAGUGGCCUGGACGUGGCCUGCCUGUCCCGCCAGUCCCCACUCCUCUGUCGUCCAGGCGGAUGGGCCGAGGCCAGGUUUCUCUGCUCUCAGAAGCGCCUGUAUUCAAUUUCUCUCCCCUGAACCUUCCCACGCCUGUGAUGGAAAGGAUGUGACCACAAGUGAAUGAGGCAUCCAGGGCAGAGCCCCACUCCUGAUUUAUGCAGAGCCAUUCCUGCGGCUCUGCGGCUCCCGUCCCCUUCCCGGCAAUCAUGCAUCCCAUUAGCCUGUUUGAUUGCGCAGCUCACAAAGGGGCACCUUCGCGCUCCGUCUUCAAUGGCCCCUGCAUCUGUCCCCAGAGGCGUGCGGGCUAAUUUGCAACGUAGUCGUGUGUGUGAAUCUGACACAGCCUCUGUCCCAGCCCGGGUCCUUCUCUGUGGCUGCUGUUUAUUACUGCUUUGCCUGGCCCCCCAGGAGCUGUGAUUCUGACACUUCUGCAGUGGUCUGGGGCACUCCUUCCUCCAUGAGCCCGGGACAGGGUUACACACGUGUCCCAGCCCUUCCGCUAAUUCCUCAGCCGGCGGCUGUCUUUCUUAGCAGGGCUCCCCAAACACUGUCUGCUGACAUAUCUUCAAGGAUUUUAGAACUAUACACCUCUGCUAAUUUUCCCAAGUUGGCCUGAGGGUGCACCAGGAACUGUAGCAGAAUUGGUAAAAUUUAAUAAAUGUUGAUCAAUGAUUCCACCUUGCUUUCUUGGUUUCUCCUGGGUAAUUUUUGCAGAACUCUCUCAUGGCAACCAAUACAAAUAGGAUUCCUAAUCCAAGCUGUGAGCUAAAAUCUACCAAGGCAACACCUCUUUGUAAAGCAGAUACCCACCUCCUGCCAGCUGCCUAUAAGACUAGACCAGCUCUCUGAUGUCCCCAGGAGACGAGGCUGGGGGGCAUCACAGCCAGUGCUCAGCGCAGUGACCGGAGUUGACGAUGGCAACCAUCAGCCUCUGGUUUGCAGGGGACUCUGAUUUCUGUUCCUUUAAGAAGGAAGACGAAGGGGCUGGGGAUUUAGCUCAGUGGCAUAAGUGCCUGCCUUGCAAGCAGGCAGUCGUGAGUUCGAUCCCUGGUACCCAUAAAAAGGAAAAAGACCAAAAAAAAAAAAAAAUUACAAAAAAAAAAAAGAAGGAAGAUGAAAUACUUCUGACUUGCUCAGUGCCCACCACAUUAUUCAGAAACCAUUUCGCGGGGGCUGGGGGUUUAGCUCAGCGGCAUAAGCACCUGCUUUGCAAGCAGGCAGUCGUGAGUUCGAUCCCCGGUACCGAUAAAAAGGAAAAAGACAAAAAAAAAAAAAAAAAAAGAAACCAUUUCGUAGGGCGACCUUUCCCAGCGGGAAGCUGCGGUGUUCAGUACAGCCAGGAGAGCUGGGGCACCCAGCUGUCUCAUCCCUAGGAGGGGUGGAAGUGACUUCCGGGAAACAAUGCUCAUCUGCAGCAACAGCUUUUGAAGCCCCCAGUGUCAGCUUCCUGUACCCACUGGUAGCUGGCUGACAGCUUCCAGAACAAAGGGCCUUCCUCCAAGCGGCCCUCAAGCUGACUGGCAUUGUCUUUACAUGUGCAUACCCUAGGGCUCCGGGGAGUCACUCUGACUUUGGCCACAACACCAUUGAGGAUUUCUUAAUUAUUUAAAAAAUAGCAAAAAAGCACUGCAAGACAAACUCCCAGGUUUCCAGGCUGGCUGAACACCUGUCUGUGGACAUGGCCUCACUGAGGUCCCUUCCUGCUGGCACCAAGCAGUCAGGCUGUUGAGUGGCCGUGCUGCUCCCGUCGGCUGCACAGGGGACAGGUGAGGCCCACCGGCCCUCAGGGGCUGGCCUGCCUGCGUCCAUGACCACCUUGCCCAGGCUGGCUGAGCAUGCAGAAUCACUGCUGCUCCAACACGACAGGCGGGACAGCUGUGCGACGUGGGAAGCAGCGACAGGGCUCCACAUCGUGUCCCUGUCCUGCUUUUUCCAAUAAAAUCUCUCAGAAUGGAAGUGGACGCAUACAGAUGCCCCUGAAGAGGUCUUGUAUGUCUAGCAUGCGAGAGGCUCUAUUUUUGAUCCUCAGUGCCACAGAAAAAUAAGCCUCUCUUUAUACUUAUGCAGUAAAUGUCUCCUUGGGAAGAACCUUUGAGAUCUAUUUCCUUCCCCUACAAGUGCCCUGCCUGGGGUCUGCAGCCCCUUCCUCCCCUGCUCUCUCCUCUGCCCUGGUCCAGUGCCCGUCUGCCUCUAGCAACUGCUUCUGAGCUCCUUCUAGAGCUUUCUAUGUCUCCUUCCGGGCCAGCUCUUGGGGAUACCUGGCCUCGAGCGUCCUCUGCAUGUGCGAUUCUUAUAGGCACCCUUUUCCCUGGAUCCCUCACCUUUCACUGCUCCUCCCCAGCCCUGCAUUUUCUCGAAACUGAAAGCCUCCAGACUUUCCCAUCCGGGGCCUGUUCCUCCUUUCCUGGGGACCAGCAGGUCUCCCCUCUGCUCCCUUUCUGGGUGUCCCUAAGACUCCUGAGUGCUGGUUUCACUGGGAAUUCUGCACCAAAGCUCUCCUGCUCUGACUAGUGGAGGGGCGACUGUGUGUCAUGCUCCAGGUUAGGUGCUUGGGACACAAAGGUGACAGCCUUUGCUUGGGACUAUUAAGCCAACCCCCAGUUGUCUUCUGGGGCCCCUAUCCUUGUGCCCAGGUCCCUGGUGACUGGUGCAGAGUACUUGCCUUGGCAUGUCCCACCAAGGGUAUCCACAGUGCCAACGGAGCCUGGCAGUUGGGCCACUUCUGUCUGCAGCAGCUGUCAUUGUGCACCACCCUUCCCACUAGGACUUGACUCUGUCUCCCCCCACAGACCAGGGAUCUGCAGGGCGCUGCCUGCUGCCCUGUUUGCUCCCAGUCUCUGUGGCUCAGCUGCUCUGUGUCUGCUGUGUCCCCGCUGCUGCCCGGCUGGGGAUGUGCCUUGGGAGCCAGUGUGUACUGCUUUGUGGCUCCUGCUGGGUCCAGAUGAUGACCCUGGAGGAAGCCCAGGGAGGUCCCUAGAGAGGCGGGGCGGGGGGUCAGGACACGUAAGAGGAGGUCUGGGAGAUAAUUAUUCCCAGGCCGGAAAGGAGUAUUUACUGAGCAUUUUCAGAGUGGGUCUUUCUCAGUGUUUUUCCCCUCACUAGAGCCACAUGUUGCUAUGGGAACAAGGAUGGCACUGGAGGCGCAGAGCUGCUCACUGGCUGGCAAGAAGCCUGUAAAUAAAUUCUGCCUCACUCCAGGCUCUGUGCUGAGCGGUCCUGGAGGGCAGCUCAAGUAGCCACUUGCAGACUUUUGGUCCUGAUGGUGCCGGCUUGCACAGAGGCCCCCGUGACAAGCUUCAGGCCCAUUGCUAUUCCCAGCACGGAAGGCACGGGUGUGCAGCAUCGUCUGCAGCUCUGGCCUCCAGGUGAUGUGACUCAUGUCUACCAACCCCCAGGGCCGGGGUCACUGGAUCCACUUCAGAGACAAGGAAACCCUCCCCCUUCCCCCCCGCACCUGUCCACAUCAGCUGCUGCCAGCAUGAACCACACUCCUCCCUACCACCUGUGGCACCAGCGUUUGAAAUGUCACCCCGAGCUAAAGUGCUCCUCUUGGGGGUCAAUGUCUGUCAGGCAGCAAGACUGCUGUGCUCCCUUUAAAGAGACCCUCUCCCUCAGCUCCUCCCCUAGAUCUAUCAUGGGCAGCGCACUGAGCCCCCCGGAACCGCCCGCCUGCCAGUGUCUGACUCGGUCAUCAGAGCUAUGGGCCAGAGCACAGCAAGGCUCAUUUCUGCACCUUAAGAUUUACCAGGCCUUUCUGGGAGAGACAGCAGCCUGGUUGUGAUGAGCCAGCUGACCUGAGUUCAAAUCCCAGCUCUGCCACUCAGUGGAGGGUUACAAUGUACAAAUCAGUUUGUAUUUCUUGGCUUUGGUUUCUUGAUACUUCCUUUUCGCUUAAAACCAAAGUUUGUAUUAUGAAAACUAUGCACUGAAAGGUGCAUGAAACCCGUGCAAGGUUGGCUGUGGAAUUACACAGGGAACAGCACAGAGACAGCAGUCGGUCCAGAGGCAGGGGCCACCGCAAGGCCCAGUAGAAUGCAUGCGGAGAAACCACAGUUCCACCAGAACAAUCAUCAUUGCCUACGCUCUUCCUUAGUAGUUUCAGCGCCUGUGUAGGCAUAAACACCACAUGGGGUUCGCUUGUUCUUGAGGUUUCCACGAACGUAACCCCAGCCACGUCCUUUACCAUGUGCUGACAUUCGUAUGUGCAGUUUGCUCUUCCAUGAUCCUGCUUAUCCUCAGAGUUUGCUGGAUCCUGAGCUCCCUGCCUACAGAAAAACUACUCUAGAAGUUGCUCUCGAAUCUAGGUUGUCAUAAAGGCAUCGGCAUGCACCAUGGCCCACUGCAGGAGGUAUCCUCCUCUUUUUAUUUCUGGUACCAGGACUUGAACUCAGGACCUUGUGCUUGACAGGCAGGUACUGUGCCACUGAGACACAUCCCAGCUCGUUCGAUUCCUUUUAAUACCAUGCACUCAUUUUCAGAGGUGUGCAGACUUGAUCUCAUUCAAACUCUGAUGAGCUUCUCCAAGGAUACGGGUGUGUACCUCUGUCACUAUCUUGCUAAGAUAAUGCUGGAGUGAGACCAAGCCCCUGUGGGAACCAGCAGGGCUCUGUGGAGUGGUCAGGGGUCUGCGCUGACGUCUGCAGUACAUGCAGGUCCUAGCCUUGUUCAGACAGGGAAGCAAUGUCCAGCCCUCACCCCCAGCCAACAGUGCAGCCGAGUGUGCGAGGCCCUGCCAAGCAGGGCUGUGAGCCCACCAGAGGUCCAGGACAGAGCCAAGAGCAGCCCUUGUAGCCACAGGUGCGGGGCAGAUCAGAUGAACGAGAACAAGGCAGGGAGGGCGGCGGGCAGAGGAUGUAAAAACGGUCACGGAGCUCCGGAGAGGACAGCAUGGGGACAAGGAAGCGAUGCCGAGGGGGAGGAAGGGGCGUGUUCUAAGCCAGGAGAUUCCGGUGAGGAGAUGCUGAGGUCACAGGAGAAGCGGGGAACUUACUGACGGAGCCGGAAGCAGAGCUAAGAAAUCCAGCGAGGGAGGGCCCUGCCGUGGCGCUCACAGAGGACGAGAGACGAGCAGAGGGAUGGGGCUACAGGAGCCAGGAGCGUGGCCAAGCAGCCACCAAGAAUCUGCGUGAGGGCUGGGGUGUAGCUCGGCAGCACGGUGCCCACCUGGCAAGGGUGAGGCCCCGAGUUCAAUUCCCAACACCAAAAAAUAAAAUAUAAAAAUAUAAAUCUGCAUGAGCCACCAGGAGGGAAGAAGGCAUUGCAACCACACAGCAGGUGACCCAGGAAGGCCCAGGACAGACACAGCCCACAGAGGGCAGCAUCCCCAUCCGGCGUGGCCUGAGCGGCCCCUGCCCCCAGCAACAGCUGGACGUCUGGAGUGGGCACGGACCCGAGGGCCAGGGCCCGGAUCCAUCAGCUCACUGGGCGCAGGCUGUGUGCAGCUAUGUGGGAACCUCCAAGCAGCAGGUGGCUCUGGCCACCGACACUGUCCAGCCGCUGCCUGGUUUUGCUGACAGGGCUGCACACCACCUCCCCUGCACCCAGGAGCCCUGGGCCUGGCCGUGGCCCGCCAGCCCAGCCCAGCCCUCAGCUGCUGUCGCGCCUGCAGAGGCAGGCCAUCCCCGCAGCACCUCUGUUUCUCUUGCCCCCUCCGUGGGUGCCUGUGAUCCCACCUCCCUGGGCUGAAGCCCGGGCCCACCCACACUCUGGAGUUAGCACAGGGGUGUUGCGUUCAGUCAGUGGCUAACAGGAAAUGAGCCGGAGCUCCAGCUAGGACGCAGGCCAUGCGAAGACUGCGUGUGCCCCACGGAGCGCUCAGGGAGUGGGCUCUUGGGGGCUGAUUCAGUUUGGAUGUGGUCACAAGAGUUUAUUACUUUUUAAACUUUCUUUUAAAAUUAGCACCAUUAAUAACAUCGCAUAAGUGGUAAUAAAAAUUGGAAUUCAUUGGCAAAAUUUUAAAAUUAUGGGUUGAAAUCAAAUAUAUAUUAAAAUGCUGAUUCAAAUUUACUUCUGUUAUACACACAAAAAUGAGAUGUGGUUUUAUAACCUCAUGUUUAGAAUUCUUGAAUUUGCUUUUAAAACAUCAGUUUACUUUCCUCUUGGUCAGGUUACUCGAGAGAGGAACAGGUGGGAGGGAAGGUUCUGGGGUGUCUGCGCACUGAUGGGGGAAAACCUGAGGGUGGGAAUCAAUUUUUACCCUGAACAAUACCAAGGGGAAGCGAUCUAAACUGUCACGCUAUUUUCACCUUUUAGAAGGCUUCAUGAAGCCCACCGUGCUCGUGCUGUGGAGAGCUCUGCAAGCUCCCGCCUGCUAUCCCGCCGCCCUGCUCCUGUCCGCCCCUGCCCUGCCCUGACCCCUCUCAGCCACGCAGUGCACUCCAGGCCCUGAGGCGCUGCCCACGGGGUGUUCACACUGUGGUUCCCAAUGAGCUCCCACCUCACUGUCCCUGCCCCUCGUCACUCACAGGCCUUAAAGAGGUUCAGCCCACCCGGGAAAUGGUGCCGAAAGUGGCCAAACACAUGGCCGUCCUCAACACCCCGUUUCUGGCCUUCCCCAAACCACUGUCAGGGAGGCCUGAGGGCCCAGGCGGGAGGCCCGGGGAGGCGAGGCAGGGUGCUGGGACACCCAGGCAGUAAUGAGCCACCAUGCCCCAGGAUGGCAGCGCGUCGGCUGGCAGCGCCCUUACCUCAUUGGCCGUGUUGUGCGUCCCCACGAUGCGGAUGAAGGAGGCAGGCUGUCUUUCGAACGUCACUGACUGCCAGGACCUGUGAGAGGGGACACUGGUAAGACACUGCAGCUGCCCUGCGGACAGCGAGGAGCAGUGCCUGUGUCUCCCGGGGAAGGCGCUGCCCCCCUGCCAAGGACGAGACUCGGUCCUCGUGAGGCCACCGAAUCCCCAGCUUCGGGUGCAGGGCACAUCCACAGCGCUGAGGGUGAGGGACCACCUCCAUGGGAGUCCUGUGGCAGGGGCAGCCUGACCCGGCCCUACAGCCCUGUCCUCAGAACUGAGGAGCCGGGCAGGCCUGGGUCACCCCGCAGGGAUGGCGGCAUCUGGCUGAGGCCAGCAGCUCACCAGGAUGCCCCAGGAGCGCGUGCACCCACGGCUGCAAACGCCAACAAUAUUUUCUAUAAUAAAUGUGUGGGGUUCACAGUUGCUGCCAGCCCUCCUCCGCUCACACAGUGGAAAUGCCAGCUGCUGCGAAGCUGUUUCCUGUAAUUGUCUAAUUACCAAGUAAUGCUAGCAAAGAAAAUAUAUGUAUUUGCAGUUUGUUUUCCCCCUCUGAUUUCAGGUGUUCCAUCUUCUCUCUCCCUAUGAACCUCCCACUGAGAUUGAUUCACUGCUGCCCGGACACCAGGCCUCUUAAGGUCAUUAAAAAGUCGUUACCAGCCUGUGUGCAAAGGCUGUGCCUCAGAAAGCAGCUUUCUGAAAGCAGAUCAGAAAAUCGCUCCUUAUGAAAACGCCAUUCUUCAUACCCGAAGCUCCUGAGAUAAGUAAGAAAGAAAAGAGAAGAAAGCAAUCAAAGCAGGGUCUGUGUUUAUGUGAGGAAGAACUUGCCCGAGGUGGAAUUAACUAAACUGCAAAGAUAAAAUGCGGGCAGAGCGGAGUCGUCCCAGGCAGCACUCCUGGCUGCACACAGCUGCGCCUCGGUCUGCAGGAAGCAGAGACAAGAGAGCCACCGGGCAGGGAGGACCCACUUGCCGCCUGCGUGAGUGGCCUUGAAGACAGAGACACCGUGCAGGCCCAGGGUGGGGAGACAGGAGACGGCAAAGCGCGGUGGAGAGCAGGUCUGCAUCCGAGGCCUUCUCCCUCUUCUCCUGCACCUCCCUGCCAGGCUGAAGGAUUAUGGGAAUCCACUGUGUGCCAGGAGAGAAAGCAAAUGCUAGAACUUUCUGCAGCAGACCUGUGGAACCUGGGGUAGGUGAAGACCGGAAGCAUCUACCCGGGCCCGGGCUGCCCUUAAAUAUGGGAAAAAGAAUCCAUGGCUUAAUCUUGUCUCCCUCUCCUAAACAGGCAGUAAAGAACUUUAAUGCA